GCGUCAUGGCGAGAUGCCGUUAAAUUAACUCUUGGAAUGAUGGAUUUAGACUAUGCUUUGAGGCAUGAUCCUCCCGCUGCACUCACUGACCAAAGUUCACAAGAACAAAAACGAGUGUAUGAACAGUGGGAGAGGUCAAAUAGAAUGUCUCUCAUGGUUAUAAAGAAUUCCAUCUCGGUUGCUAUUCGCGGAGCCAUACCGGAUUCAGAAAAUGCAAAAACAUACUUGGACUCCGUUGAAGAACAAUUUAAAGGCACCUCCAAGGCAUAUGCGAGUACUUUGAUUCUGAAGAUGUUGACUACAAAGUACGAUGGUGUGAGUGGUGUGCGUGAGCACAUCAUGAUGAUGAGUGACAUGUCCCACAAGCUUAAGGGCAUGGACAUGGAAAUUAGUGAGGGUUUUUUAGUGCACUUCAUUAUGACCUCUCUUCCGGCACAAUUUG